AUGAAUGUCAUCACAAAAAAAAGUCCAACAACAACAACUGCUGCCACUUCGGGCACAUCUUAUCUUUCAAUGAUGACAUCUAAUGUUGCCAAUAAUAAUAAUAAUAAUAAUAAUAUCAAUAAUAACACUAUAAAACGACGUGAAAGUUCAAUGGGCGAAGAUUCAGGUGUUCAUAUAGAUCACGAUAGUACAGGAAAAAAUCUUCGUUCAUCAAUAACUAGUACAACAAACGUUGUUCCUUCAUUAUCAUCAUCAUCUAUUUCGAAAACAACCGGCACAACGACGGCGCCUAAUCCCCGUAUCGGAACUACUUCUACAACGAUGGUCGUAUCAUCAACACUUGUUCCUCCCACUGUUGAUGCAAAACCAUCCUCAUCAUCAUCAUCAUCAUCAUCGACACUUCAACUUCGUAAAGAUUCGAAUGCAUCUAGUUCAGGUGCUUUUUCAGAUGGAUCACGAUCAUUUGGACAAGAAGAAAAUUCUUCUGAUUCAAUAUUCAGUCAUACAUCACCAUCAUCACAUUUAGUUAUUAAAUGUAAUGUAAGUCCAACAAAUUCAAUUGCAACACCUUCAGUUACAUUAACACCACGCGUUAAAGUAACUGUUCAACAACCAUCAAUAACAAGUCGACCAUCACGAUUUGAUUCUUCACCUGACAAUAUAAAAACUCCAUCAUCAUCACAUUUAAAAACUCCAACAUCAAAUGCAUUACCUAUAAUGACAACAAGUACAACAUCAAGUGCACCAGAAUUUUCUUUAAGUGGUGCAUCUAGUAUAGAUGAUUCGGAUGAUUUAGCAUUAUAUGAUCAAUAUUUAUUAUCAUCACAUGGUAGACAAUCAAAUCCUUCACCUGAACUUCGUAAAAAAACAUUUGAUGAUUGGAUUAAAUUCGAACAAAGAUAUUUACCACGAAGUAAAAGUGAAAUCAAUACUGGACCAACUGAACAAUCACAACAACAACAACAAAUACAUACUAGUCAAAUAAUAAAAAUGGUUAGUAAAUAA